ACCCAAGCUUUAAAGUUUAAAGUUUAAACUUAGACUUAAACCCAAACCACAGCAGGCAGCAGCAGGGCAUCACUUUCCAUCCCUCACACAACACUCCUCCCAACUUGUCUCACAUGCUUCCCAAAUCCCCCGAACAACUAAACACCAAAACCUCCUUCACUACCCUCACCACGCUCCUCCAAACCCCUCUCUCCCCCCAAAACCCUCGCACAUGGAUCAUCCUCACCGUCCUCUUCAUCCAGAUCCUCCUCCUCUGCAGCCUCCGUAGCUUCCCCUCCUCCAUUCCCUCUCCUCUCCCCGCCGUCCACUACUCCGCCCGCGCCCUCCAACAAUGCGCCUCCGGCAACCUUUUCGUCUACCACCUCCCCGAAACCUUCAACCACCAAAUCCUCCAAAAUUGCGACAAUCUCAACCCCUGGAGCUCCCGCUGCGACGCGCUCUCCAACCACGGCUUCGGCCAACCCGCCGCCGCCGCCCUCGCCGGAAUCGUCCCGGAGGAUCUCCUCCCGGCGUGGCACUGGACGGACCAAUUCGUCACCGAAAUCCUCUUCCACGAUCGCAUAAUCAACCACAAGUGCAGGGUCAUGGAUCCCGAAUCCGCUACGGCCUUCUACAUCCCGUUCUACGCUGGACUCGCAGUGGGGAAGUACCUGUGGCUAAAUUCAACCGCAGAGGAACGCGAUCGCCACUGCGAUAUGAUGUUAAGCUGGAUUAAGGACCAACCCUAUUUUAAAAGAUCCAACGGCUGGGAUCACUUCAUUACCAUGGGGCGCAUCACGUGGGAUUUUCGUCGCUCUAAAGACGAGGAUUGGGGUUCUAGCUGCAUCUACAAGGCGGGCAUAAGAAACGUGACGCGCCUUCUCAUCGAGCGUAAUCCUUGGGACUAUUUCGACAUCGGUGUUCCCUACCCCACCGGAUUCCACCCGCGCUCCAAAUCCGACCUCACGCGCUGGCAGCAAUUCGUCCGCGCGCGCCCACGCCACGCGCUCUUCUGCUUCGCCGGCGCGCCUCGCCGCGCCUUCCGCAACGACUUCCGCGGGGUUCUGCUGAGUCAGUGCCGCGACGCGGGCGAGUCGUGCCGCGAGGUGAACUGCGCCGGGACCCGGUGCUCGAACGGCACGUCGGCGAUCCUCGAGACUUUUCUGGACUCCGAUUUCUGCUUGCAGCCGAGGGGGGACAGCUUCACGCGCCGCUCCAUUUUCGAUUGCAUGGUGGCCGGUUCGAUUCCGGUUUUCUUCUGGCGGCGAACCGCGUAUCUGCAGUACCAGUGGUUCUUGCCGGGUGAACCGGAGAGUUACUCGGUUUUCAUAGACCGGAACGCGGUGAAGAAUGGGAGUUUGACCGUGAAAGGCGUGCUUGAGAGGUUCAGCAAGGAGGAGGUGAGGAAAAUGAGGGAGAAAGUGAUCGAGUACAUUCCGAGGUUGGUGUACGCGAAAACGAAAGACGGGUUAGAGGGUGUGAAGGACGCAUUCGAUGUUGCCAUCGAAGGUUUGUUCGCAAGGUUUAAGGAACAAGAACAACCUGAAUUUCAUAAGUGGAAAUAACGGCCAAACAUUCCUUCGUCUUAGAUUUAGACAUAUUAUUUAUAAAUAAAUAAAUAAAGAAAAAUACGAUAUGUUUGCUUCAGGUGAAUUCGCUAGGUUAGAAUUUCUCCUUUUUGUUUUCUUUCUCACACGUGUUAUUUUUAUAUAGAUGAACUAUACCAUGUACUAUAUUGAUAUUGUCAUUCUUUUUACUCCCAUGGAUAGAGAUUUUAAUGUUUAUGGAUUUUUGACAUGAUGGUUGAUAAUC